CGGCGGCGGCGGCGCGGAGCAGGGCCCGGCGCUGUUCAACGGGGACAUGGAUCCCGAGGCCGGCCCCGGCGCCGCGGCCUCGUCGGCCGCGGACCCUGCUAUCCCCGAGGAGGUGUGGAAUAUCAAACAGAUGAUCAAGUUGACACAGGAACACAUAGAGGCCCUAUUGGACAAGUUUGGUGGGGAGCACAAUCCACCGUCAAUAUACCUGGAGGCCUAUGAAGAGUACACCAGCAAGCUGGAUUCCCUCCAACAAAGAGAACAACAGUUAUUGGAGUCCCUGGGGGAUGGAGCUGAGUUUUCUGUUUCUAGCUCUGCAUCAACGGACACCGUUACAUCUUCUUCCUCUUCUAGCCUUUCAGUGCUGCCUUCAUCUCUUUCAGUUUUUCAAAAUCCCACAGAUGUCUCACGGACCAACCCCAAGUCACCGCAAAAACCUAUUGUUAGAGUCUUCCUGCCCAACAAACAGAGAACAGUGGUGCCUGCAAGAUGUGGUGUCACCGUCCGGGACAGUCUGAAGAAAGCACUUAUGAUGAGAGGUCUGAUCCCAGAGUGCUGUGCUGUUUACAGAAUUCAGGAUGGAGAGAAGAAACCAAUUGGCUGGGACACUGAUAUUUCCUGGCUCACUGGCGAGGAGUUACAUGUAGAAGUGUUGGAGAAUGUUCCACUCACAACACACAACUUUGUACGGAAAACUUUUUUCACCUUGGCAUUUUGUGACUUUUGUCGAAAGCUCCUUUUCCAAGGUUUCCGCUGUCAAACAUGUGGUUACAAAUUUCACCAGCGCUGUAGUACAGAGGUUCCACUGAUGUGCGUUAAUUAUGACCAACUGGAUUUGCUGUUUGUCUCCAAGUUCUUUGAACACCACCCAAUCCCGCAGGAGGAGACGUCCUUUGCCGAGACUGCCCUUGCUCCGGGAUCGUCCCCUCCCGCGCCCCCCUCAGACUCUCCUGGGCCCCCAAUUCUCACCAGUCCGUCUCCUUCAAAAUCCAUUCCAAUUCCACAGCCCUUCCGACCAGCAGAUGAAGAUCAUCGAAAUCAAUUUGGGCAGCGAGACCGGUCCUCAUCAGCCCCCAAUGUGCAUAUAAACACAAUAGAGCCUGUCAAUAUUGAUGACUUGAUUAGAAACCAGGGGUUUCGUGGUGAUGGAGGAUCAACCACAGGUUUGUCGGCCACCCCUCCCGCAUCGCUCCCUGGCUCCCUCACUAACGUGAAAGCCUUACAGAAAUCUCCUGGACCUCAGCGGGAAAGGAAAUCCUCGUCAUCCUCAGAAGACAGGAAUCGAAUGAAAACACUUGGUCGGCGAGAUUCAAGUGACGACUGGGAGAUUCCCGAUGGACAGAUCACAGUUGGACAGAGAAUCGGAUCCGGGUCGUUUGGAACCGUCUACAAGGGCAAGUGGCAUGGUGAUGUGGCAGUGAAAAUGUUGAAUGUGACAGCACCCACACCUCAGCAGUUACAGGCCUUCAAAAAUGAAGUAGGAGUACUCAGGAAAACACGACACGUGAAUAUCCUACUCUUUAUGGGCUAUUCAACAAAGCCACAGCUGGCUAUUGUCACCCAGUGGUGUGAGGGCUCCAGCUUAUAUCACCAUCUCCACAUCAUUGAGACCAAAUUUGAGAUGAUCAAACUCAUAGACAUUGCACGGCAGACUGCACAGGGCAUGGAUUACUUACACGCCAAGUCCAUCAUCCACAGAGACCUCAAGAGUAAUAAUAUAUUUCUUCAUGAAGACCUCACAGUAAAAAUAGGUGAUUUUGGUCUAGCGACAGUGAAAUCUCGAUGGAGUGGGUCCCAUCAGUUUGAACAGUUGUCUGGAUCCAUUUUGUGGAUGGCACCAGAAGUAAUCAGAAUGCAAGAUAAAAACCCCUAUAGCUUUCAGUCAGAUGUGUAUGCAUUUGGGAUUGUUCUGUAUGAAUUAAUGACUGGACAGUUACCUUAUUCAAACAUCAACAACAGAGACCAGAUAAUUUUUAUGGUGGGACGAGGAUACCUGUCUCCAGAUCUCAGUAAGGUACGGAGUAACUGUCCAAAAGCCAUGAAGAGAUUAAUGGCAGAGUGCCUGAAGAAGAAACGAGACGAGAGACCACUCUUUCCCCAAAUUCUCGCCUCCAUUGAGCUGCUGGCCCGCUCAUUGCCAAAAAUUCACCGCAGUGCAUCCGAACCCUCCUUGAAUCGGGCCGGCUUCCAGACAGAGGAUUUUAGUCUGUAUGCUUGUGCUUCUCCAAAAACGCCCAUCCAGGCAGGGGGCUAUGGAGAAUUUGCAGCCUUCAAGUAGCCACACCAUCAUGGCAGCAUCUACUCUUAUUUCUUAAGUCUUGUGUUCGUACAGUUUGUUAACAUCAAAACAGUUCUGUUCCUCAAAUCUUUUUUUAAAGAUAAAAAAUUUUCAAUGCAUAAGCUAGUGUGGAACAGAAUGGAAUUUCCCAUCCAACAAAAGAGGGAAGAAUGCUUUAGGAGCCAGAAUUCUCUGCUGCCAGUGUUUCUUCUUCAACACAAAUACCACGUGCACACGAGUCUGCCCACACCCAGGAAGAAAGAGGAGAGACCCUGACUUCUGACCUUUUGAUGGUCAGGCAUGAUGGAAAGGAACUGCUGCUACAGCUUGGGAGAUUUGCUCUGGAAGGUCUGCCAGUCCACCUUGCCCUUCUAACCACCAGAUCAGCGUGUGGCUGAUCGUCUGACGGGGCAGCGUCAAUCACCAAGCAUUGUUCUCUUUCCGGUUCUGGGAGUUUGUGGUGGCGCUCUCUCCCCACCCCCACUGCCUGCUGAAGCUCACCACCAUUAGAUGGAAGUUUACUAAAACCAUGAAUUCAGAGGAAGGCCUGCUGAAAAUCUCACAGGCUUGUAAAGUUUGUCCCAAUAAAAUGGAAAAUAUUCUGAAGUUCUUAGUUUGAAAGGCUUGUUUUCUGCCGCGUUCAGGAGAAUUCAGGGUCGCGGAGACGGCAGUGGCCGGACUGAGAAGGCAGCCGGGAGUGGACUGCUCCCUCUCCUGAAGGCCACACUGCUUUGCUUUGAAAUACUUUUGACAUGGUUGUGUUCCCUCAACUAAGUGAAGAAGCCUAGGCCUGACCAAAGGGGUGUUCUCAGGGUUCAGCCGAGCACGUGACCUGCCAGAGGCGUGGGGCCAAGAGAGGCACCGCUUAGGGAGGAAGCUGAGAAUCUGGAUUUUCAAAACGAAAUUCAGGGCGACACACUCCCUUCCUUCCCUUCCCUUUUAGAAUAGCUUGCUAGCUCGUCUGAAAAAGGGGAGUAGACUUGAGAAAGCAAAGCUGUGCCCAGAAGCCAGGCUCAGGGUAUUCUUGAGAGGUUUUAUAGAGCCCUUAAAAACUAGUAAAACUUUAAAACCUUCCUUUUCUUCAUCAAAUACUUUUUUCCCCUAGUUUACGAAUGACAUGAAAAGGAGGAGUUGUGUUUGGGUUGCUUUGUUUCUUGAUGCCUAGACUGUUGUGGCAUGCCAUUGAGUCAAUUCUGACUCAUAGCGACCCUAUAGGACACAGCAGAACUGCCCCAUAGGGUUUCCAAGGAGCGGCUGGUGGAUUCAAACCGUAGACUUUUGACCUCCUGGGGAAAUACAAAGAAGAGCUCCUUAUCCAGGCCACAUACUUUACAAGGGUCUGUGUAGACGCAUGGGUUGCUUUGCUGGCUGGCCCUGAGGCCACAGCACCCCUGCUGGGGGGCUUUGUUUCUGGCCAGGAGAGGUGAGCCUUCUGAAAACCUGGAGGGCAGCUACAAAGGACUGUGUUAAAAUAGGUGGUGUUACAGGUUAAACCAGAGUCUUGGUCCUGGACAUUUGCUGUUGGAGUAAUUUGGCCAAAAAGGAGGUUUUAAAAAGGGUUUGUGAAUGGAAAGCCCACUGUGAUCCUGUGGAUUUACGUGUGUGUACCUUAGAAGAAGAUUCUGUCAAAUCUGGUUCCCAGCCAUCCCACCUCUGGUUGUAUUUGAGAUCUGGAAGGAUGGGCAGGGGCACCCUUGGAGGUAUAAUCCCAAAGGAAUGAUGUUUUGUGUCCAUGUGGGUGUUGCAGAGAGAGUAUAUAUUGUUCAAGAAAGAACUCCCGCCUUCAGCGCUGUCCGCUUGAAGCCCUCCCCGCACCCUGCACGGUCCCCUACUGACCAGGCCCACCAGACCGCCCUCACCCCGCACACAGCACGCCAGCCACCCUCCAGACCUCGUCUAGCUUAGCUUGAGACACUCACAGGGUUCAGGAGACCUCUCCAAAAACUACCUCCUCAGAAUGAGGAAAGAAAUAGUUACUGAUUUUAAAUUCAGCAGUCAGGAGCGCUGGAACACGAAGGCGAUUUAAGGACUCCAGCUUGUCUCUGUAGGGGGACCGGAGCCCUCGUUUGUCUUGGAGGGCCUUACACGUUCAAGCAGUGAUGCUGAACACACGGAGCACAGAGGAGCUGCGUGUUGGUACAGGCGGUGCCACAGCGGUCUGGGGGAACCUUCCAGAAUCUGAACCUGGAGUCAUUGCAUGGUGUCGCUUCACUAACAGAGAUACACUUCUCACUCUCAGUGGGCUUGUCAAAGGAGCCCUGGUGGCACCCUGGAUAAGCACUUGGCUGCUAACCAAAAAGGUCGGUGGUUUGAACCUACCAGCUGCUCUUUGGGAGAAAGAUGUGGCAGCUAGCUUCUGUAAAGAUUACGGCCUUGGGAACUGUGUGGGGCAGUCCUGCUCAGUCCUGUCAGGUCACUGUGAGUCAGUCGACUCGCCAGCAGCAGGUUAGGCUGGCCAGGACAGAUGUUAUCACAGGGUGCCCACAGUUCUGCCACAGGCACAGGUCUUCAUACAGACGCUGCCCCGCUGGGACGGUAGGUGGUCACCCAUCUGCACGAUCCCCUUCGGUCCGGGUGGGCAUUGUAAGUGCUCAAGGAUCAGCCCCCUGAGACUAGCACGUUCCACCCACAAGGCUACAGAAGCUACGGCCGAAGGUGGAGGGCUCCUGUGAGCGUGAGCACGUCACACGUCGACAUGGUGUAGGCGAGGCGCCAGGAAAUACCUUGACAAUUUGCCAAAUGAUCUCACUGUGCCUUCAUGAUGCAAUAAAAAAAGCUAAACUUCUAGCAGAAAUCAGUGAUUUGUAAGAGCAGGCGCUCUGGCUUCCCUCCGCUGUUAGGAUUUUUUAGAGUGCAGCGUAACCCGCAAAGAUAAAUGCAGUAAAGAGUUUAUAGCCAAAACUGCGUUUUAAAAAUGAGAAGACACACAGGUCCGUUUUCAGUGAACAAAACUUAUUUUUUUAAAGCACAUAAUCCCUAGUAUAGUCAGAUAUAUUUAUCACAUAGAGCAACUAGGUUGAAAUGAUAGUUAAGUGACAUUUCUAGAGGAAUUUUUCUACUCCCAUAGGUUCUUCAAAGCAUGGAACUUUUAUACCACAGGAGAGUUUGCAGGAACGUUAAGACCCGAGGUCAGGCUGGAGUCCUGUGCUCUGGGCAGCGAUCCUGACGUGAACUUGGUGAGGACGGGAGGUGAAGCUGACGGCCAAGUGUGGCUUCACCGUCUCCAGGCAGGCACCACUGCCAGCCUCGGCACGGGUUUUUCUGAGUUUGAAAUGCAGCCUUGCUCCUCAGGACUUGUGUGCAGAUUAAGCAGGACUGUGCUGCUGCCGCCGCCCCAGCAGACAGGCCGGGCAGGUCUCUGGAAGCAUCCAUGCAAAGGGCGGUGACGUUUGCAGUGACCUGGCCAGGUGGGAUGCCCUCCAUGUGUGAUCCUGGUCUGACCGGGGCAUCGCAGUGUCCCAGUGCCCUUAGGUCGUGGCCCGAGAAGGGUGGUAGCCUCCUUCCUAUGGGGCGGUGAUCUGCCUCUUGGCCAGAGGACAGUAGAGUGAGUGGUGGCCAUGGUCCUGGAGCUCCAGACUGCUAGCUCUGGGUCAGCUGAAAGACUGGCAAGGUUUCCCUCAGGUCAGCACACUAGAAAGUAAGCUGGGCUUUGUUUUCAGAGAACCUGUUUUCACUUCUUUUUGGGUGAAGACAUUUAAAUUGAAAUUGAGUCCUAAAUUUUGUCAGUUGUGGAAAGGGUAGUAUUUGUAAGGUGGAAGAGAACAAAAAGUAAAGUCCGAAAAUCUUAAAUUAAGGUAACAAUGCUUUAAAAAACCACAUAGGGACAGCCAGUCCCCACCUCAGUAAAGUCAUUGAAGUAGAUCCUUUAUUUCAACAUACACAACCUCAGCUGUUGGUUUCAUUGAUGAUUAAAUCAGCUUCAUUAAAAUGUUUGAUUUUAUUUAGCUAUUCUGACUAAUUACAGUGAUAAAACCCAUUGUUGUGCAUGAGAACACAGCAUUUCCGUUUUUUUAAAGAAUUCUGUAGAUUGAAGUACUCUUUGAAAACAACUGAAAUGUUCAUUGAUGCUAGUAUCAAGAAGACAAAAAAACAAAGAUUUGUGCAAACCAUCUGCUUGUCCUGCAGGCUUGGCCCACACCCAGUGCCCCACCGUUGGCUGUGCCCUGCAGCACCCUGCCCUGCCGUGGGGGGCCGCCCUGGAGUGGGAGGUCAGGCGGAAAACCCACUGAAAAUUCAGCAGGGACGGUGACGUUGCCAGGGGUGGAGUGGGGUCAACAGUGGGUUGCCUUGCCCCUGUCUCGUUUUGAAAAUGCCUGUUGCAUUUCUGUGUUAAGCCUCUUUUAGCCCGUGUGUGUUGGUGGUAGAGUUACAUAGGAGGAAACUUCAGACUAGCAGAAGCAACAAAGCUCACAGACUAGGCACAAACGUAGCGAAAAUGGACCAAAAUGGGGUGGGGGGGUACUGAUGUGAGGGUGGGAAAUAAACUGUAAUUACCUGAGAUAAGAUGUAAGAGUGCAAUAAGUGUGCUUUUUAUUCUAAGCUGUGAACAGUUUUUUAAAAAAUCAUCCCUUCUUAAUGCAUUUGUGUAUGUUCCGUAGCUGAGACCAGCUGUGUGAACACAUCAUGCCUUGUCACUCACGUUGUUACCGACAUCCAGUGGCCGACUUACGUCUUAUUUUCAUGUUGUCUAGUUUACAUAUGGGUGUGCGCGCGCGUGUGCUGUGCCCUCCCCCCGUGUGACGAUGUGGCUGCACUUGUGGCCCCACCUGAGGUGAAGGACAGCUCAGAGUGCCAUGUGUUAGUGGGGAGCACUCUGAGACCUCCUCACUCAGGAGUCGCUGCUUCUGCUGCCCCAGGAGAGGGGACAGCGACCAGGGCUUGAGUUCACUGCUCACUGACACGGCCCGAGUUCCGUUCAGGAGCUGUGGUGGCUCUCUGCUGUGGACCCAGAAAGAGGAGAUCGCCCCCUUUUUAUGCAUUUCUCCUCCGGGGGAGAGCAGAGGGGGCGACCCCCAUGCUGACUGCCGUGAGUUACUGUCCUGGCAGCGAGUCACACUCCUGGCGGUAAUUCACUUCAGGCCAGCUCACAGCCAAAAGAGCUCGUGUGUCGGGGGUGUGCCCAGGGAACAGGUGGGAACUUUUUACCUGUGCACAGACUGUACCUGCUUUGCAAAAAUUACAAUGGAGUAACUAUUUUUAAAGCUUAUUUUUCAAUUCAUAAAAAAAGACCUUUAUUUUCAGUUAAAUGGAUGCCGUCUCCCUCUUGUCCCGCAAUCUUCAGUGCUUGCUUGAGUCUUUUUUUUUUUUUUAAAAAUUCUUCCCAUCCCUCCUUCCUGAUAUUUUGGUUCUCUUUCCUGCUCAGGUCCCUUCAUUUGUACUUUGGAGUUUUUCUCAUGUAAAUUUGUACAAUGGAAAAUAUUGUUCAGUUUGGAUAGAAAGCAUGGAGAAUUAAAUAAAAAAAAAGAUAGCUGAAAUUCAGAUUGAAGAAAUUUAUUUCUAUGUAAAGUUAUUUAAAAAUUCUGUAUUAUAUAAAAGGCAAAAAAGUUCUAUGUACUUGAUGUGAAUAUGCGAACUCUGCUCUAAUAAAGAUUGACUGCAUGGAGCCACCUCCAGCCAGGUCGUUUUUCUAGCACGUCACACCAGGGAUAGAGCAGCGGGGCUGGCCCUCAGGGCGGCGGGGCUGUGAAAGGGAGGUGCGUUUCCUACGUGACGCUGGUUACGGCCUGCUGGGUAGAAGUCACGUGAGAAAUACGUUAGCAGGAAGGGGCCCAGAUUAACGCCUGGCGCGUUACCCGUGACACGAGACUUGAGGCGGUGACAGUGUUGUGCCAGGUGUUGGCAAUGACCCGCAUGCGCUUUAUGUGGGACCUGAUGUGGCUGUAGUUUAAAAGGACUGCGAUGCUCCGUGUUUCCGUGGAAACGGGCGCUGUAACUGAGUAUUUACAAAGGAGUCUGUGAAAGUUCGCCUUAGAAUUGUAUCUUUCAACCCAACUGACAGUCAUCCAUCUUCCGCAGUGUAGUGACAGAGACAACGUGCACGUGAACGUGCGCAUUCAUGUUUGCCAUGUCGUCUCCUACACGGUAGCCACCUCACGGAACUGACUCCGUGCAUUUGAUUUCAUGACGUGAAGUUUGAAAAACACUUCGAUUAUCUUCAGACAUGACAGAUCAAAAUACUGAACCCAGUUUCCAGAGGAGAGGCAAACAGUAUUCUAAAACUUCCCCCAGAAACCCUGUAUCUGACAGAACAUGCAGGGCAGAAGGUCUGCAGGAGGGCACAUUUGGGGAAUCUGGCUUCUCGUCCUCACACUGACCCUAAAAUGCUAUCGAGACUUAAGUAUUUUCUCUCCACUGCAGUGUUCUCAUCUGAAAAGCCUAAUUCUGUACUCAGAACCUUAAGGAAAUGCAUUUUCUAAAUAACCUUUGUACAUGAUUAUGGCAGAGCAAUUGUGGCCGUAUUUUUUAAAAACGUAUUAUUCUAUUAGAGGUUUUCCUGAAAACUUAGCCUACAAUUAUGAACACCGUGGUUAUUGUGAUCAUAUUCUGUUACAAAGAACUCUACCACCCUGGCUCUUCGGGAAUUUUCUCUCAGCAGGGGCUGUGAUGACACUCGGGCCCAAUGUCUGAGUGAGGUGUAGUUCUCCUAGAUUUAUAGAUAAUAGAACAGAAAGUGUGUAAAGCUAACCUGGUCUGAGCCCCUCACACCAGCUGAGUGAAGCUGUGGAGGACGACAGGUCUAGGCCCGUUUAGCCAGGACUGAGUUGGGACUUCUGUUCCCAAAUCAGCACUUUUCAAAUCUGUGUCAUUGUGUUGUGCUCGUGAUGAUGGUUAACGAAAUCUGGAUAGAAGCGGGUGCACAUGUGGCUGGAAAUGGGUGUUGUUCUCCGCUUAUCCCACCUGUCUCUGCUGCCACCGCAGCCACGUAAGCCACACGUAGCCCAGGGCCAAAAGCAGAGGCCCCGCUGCUGAGACAGGUCAGGCUGGGCACACCAACGGGCAGCCCUGCUUCCUGGGCGCUGCACCAUCGUCCCCGUGAGUGCUCCUGAGGGGAGGGGGCAGCAGCCACAGGGCUGGCCCUUGCCUAGAGUUGUAGGGGCCAGUGGGCCAGGAUGACUACCACGUGGUCCUGUAACAUGCACACGAGGGACGUUUAUGCAGUGUCUCUUGCCCGUUUUACUAGAAGUCCAGUUGUGUUUACAUUAAAGGUGCCAAAGGAAGUACAAAGGUACAAAUGUGUGUGUGAAAACUUCUGACAGUCUUCUCUGUCCUAACCUUCCAUGUAUGCAGCCACUUUUCCCCAUCUCCCAGGCCACACACCCUAAAACUUACUUUGAAUGUAUUUUUACCUGCCCGUCAGGAAGGCAGAAUGGGUAUCCUUAAAGGCAUUUGUGUUUUGCCUUGUAUUUGUUUGGGGGGGUCGGGGCAGGGGCAGCACUGCUUCUGUUGGAAUCUCUUUACAACUAAUCUGUCUCUCUAUGGAGGCUUUUAUGUAAAAGUUAAACUGGGACCAAGGGUGACCGUAAACCUAGCUUAGACCCACUAGUCUAAUGGUUGCUCUAGAAAUAACAGUUGCUUCCAUUUAGAGAGUAUUUACUUCACGCCAGAUGUUGUUCUAAGAGCUUUACGUACGUGUUAGCUCAUUUAAACUAUGGAAUCGAUGGACAGGUGAUCGAGUGUUUGUCCAAACUCGCAGCAAGUCUGACUCCAGAGCCCGAGUUCUUCCAGCACGACACUGGUUCUUCACACUGCAAUUUAGGUCUCACCUGGCCACCAUCUUUUAAGGACGCUGAGGAGCCCUGGUAGUGCAGUGGUUAAGUGUCUGCUGCUAACGGAAAAGUCAGUGACUUGAACCGACCAGAUGCUCCAUGGGAGAAAGACCUGGCGAUCAGCUUCCGUGAAUAUGACAGCUUAGAAGACCCACGGGGAAGCUUUACUCUGUCACGUGGGAUGCUGUGACCCGAUGGCAGCAAGUU